AUGGCUCGCCCACCCCAGCCUGUCAUCGGCCUCAGGAACUGGGUUGCCGGCCUGUUGCCCCAUGCGGAGGAGACGCGAACUUGGGCCGCCUUCAUUCAGCGCUACGGCCCUAAGGCUUCCUCGGGUCGGGGAGCUUCUAGGAGAAAGGCGCCAGUCCCUGCUUUUAGGCGACCUGCCAUAGGAGCUCAGGACGUCUUGUGUACGUCUGUCCGAGAGGGCCGUCCUCUACCUCUUCGGCGGGAAACUCCGUCCGCAUCUGCGACGGCAAGAGACACACCCUCGUUGGCGCCAACCUCUCAUCCUAUCGACGAAUCCUCUGAUGGUGACGAACCAUUAGAGAGGAAAAGGAGAAGGUUGGAGUUAGGAAAUGGGGUGACUACUGAUGCUGACGGGAGUGGGGCAUCUCGGACGACGUCAAUGCCUGUGUUCAUGGCUGAAGCUAUUUUGUCGGGGAGGUCAGCCCACGAGAGGAGGGCUGCUCCUGGAGCUAGCUCGGUGUGCUCUGCUGAGGGGGGUGAGUCGACUAACGUUGGAGGGCCUAGUGUGGAAGCUGAGGGGUCGGGUUCCGACGUCGCACCGGAGGAUAUAAAUGAAAUUUUGGGUCGCCACACCUAUGUGAAAACGAUGACGGAUGGGUCUGACCGUCGCAUAGUAAUCCCGGGGGAUUACAAUUUACUGCUAAAUAGUGAGCAGGUCGCAUCGACCCUUACCCUUUUAUGCGCCGCUCCUGAGAGCGAGACGCUUAGAACGAUGAGUGAUACGGAGCUGUCGUGGAAGGUCGCUGGCAUGGCCCUUCAGACCCUCGUCCUGGAGGUAGAGAGGGGUCGUCGUGAAGGAAGGAGGACGGAUCUUUAUAAGAGAAUGUCGACGAAGUACCAGCAACACCGUGCCAAGCACCGGGCGUUGGAGAGCAGGGUUGCGGAACUAGAGGAGAAAGAUGAGGAGCUUGUGAGGGCCAUCGCUCGUAACAGUGGGUUGGAGGUUCUCCUUAAGGCGAAGGAGGAUGAACUCGAAUUGGGUCGAGGGGUGACUGCAGAGAAUGCCGACCUGCAGUUGAAGGUGGCUGAUUUGGGCGCCGAACUGAGCGCUAAGACAACGGAGAUUGACGGGCUCAGGGGCGAAUUGAAUGCCAGUGUUGAUAAGUUGGCCGCCGCUAUUUCUGAGACUGUCUCCUUGGAGGAUGCCCUCUGCCUAUCUAGGUCGGAACUUACACAGGAAAGGGAGGCCUCGAGCAGUCGGGUCGCGGAGCUUGAAAGGCAUCUUGGGGAGCUGGGGGCGGAAUUGUCCUCGCUGCAAAGGCAAGUAGCUCCGCCGAGGGCAGGAGAAGCAGAUCGCCGCCCCGGGCCUUCCACAUCUCGCCCUCUGGUUGGUCAGGGCUCGAAUCAUAGUUUAUAUGAGAUGUGGGUCUAUGCGGAGGCUCAGCUCGAUGUGUAUAGAGCCUUUCGCACCGAGGGUCGUGUGACAGAGGUGGAAGUUUAG